GUGGAGAAGAGUCAGCUGACAUUGUCAUAUUUUCCCUCUCCGAGCCUCAGCUAUAUCCCUCGGGUUAGUGCGUCUUACUGGAAAUUAAUGAUAUUGAAACCUCAACGAACCGUCCAUUUUACAGAAGCAGAUAACGUGUAAAGUGAUGGUUUUGCAAAGGUGUGUGAGAUAGACAGAGCAUAAAGAGAGAGGGGAAGGGGGAGCUACUGAGAGAGGGAAGUGGAGAAAAAAAAGAUCGAUAAAGAAGUGGGGAGAGUUGAAGGAGAGGGUUACAGGCAAGGUAUGAAUUCGUAUUUCGCAAACCCGUCGCUCUCCUGCCAUUUAUCUGGUGGUCAAGAUGUUUUGCCAAACGUGUCCAUAAAUUCCACCACUUAUGACACAGUGAGACAUUUUUCCUCAUAUGGGGCUGCUGUGACCCAGAAUCGGAUAUACCCAAAUCCUUUCUAUUCUCCCCAAGACAAUGUUGUUUUUGGGCCGAGCCGGGCAUCCUAUGAGUAUGGAUCUAAUGUGUUUCUUCAAGACAAGGAUGGGGGUCUUGCCAGUUGCAGACAAACAAGCAGGGGGCUGAAUGCACAAAGCCACAGUGCUCAGGAGUACAGUUUGGAUCACGCCAGAGGAUCGCAGGAGCAGAAACCUAACGUCCAGAUUUACCCGUGGAUGCAGCGAAUGAACUCUCACAGCGGAGUUGGAUAUGGGUCAGACAGACGCAGAGGACGCCAGAUAUACUCCCGUUACCAAACACUGGAACUGGAGAAGGAAUUCCAUUUCAACCGCUAUCUAACCAGACGUAGACGUAUCGAAAUAGCAAACGCUCUCUGUUUGACAGAACGUCAGAUCAAAAUUUGGUUCCAGAACCGUCGUAUGAAAUGGAAGAAAGAGAGCAUUCUAACGUCGCCGGUGACGGGAAGUGAAUCAACAGGGGCCUCGGUGGAGGAAGGAGACGGCGUGGAAGAGGAGAAAGAAGAGGGAAAAAAAUAAAAAAAGAUAUGAAAGAAAGACAUUUAAAACGAAAUCAUGAAACUCCAACUAAACUACCUACACAUUUAAGGACCAGAAACUCCAAUGCAUGAUAUUAUUCUGCUAUUUGUCUCCCUCUCACAAAACUUAUAGGCUACCUACACGCGCGUAAAACCAUGCAGCGUUAUGAAAUUCAGUUGUUGUUUUUUUGCUGAAAAAGCAUAUAGUCAACUGAUAGAUCUUUACUUCUUGUUUGCGUAAUGUCCUUUGUCAUAUGUGUUGUGAAAUGAAAAGUGAUACAUUCAUAAUUUUCUUCCAAAGUUUCCCCAUUUACACUGUAAAAUGUAGUAAUCUAUGUAUCGGUUUGGAUCACUUCAAUCAAUUCACAUAGGUCAGUGAUAGGCAUCGUUUACAAACACAAUAUGCAUAAGCAUUCCAAAUGUGAAGGAAAUGCGAAGGCACAUUUAUUUUGUUUUUGUUCAUAUAUGUAUUUGAAUCUUUACUUUCCCAUGAAUCUCAUCGUGGUUUUGUGCUGUGCAAUAUGCAUCUUGCAAAUAUCCUGAAAGCUCUCACGAGGUGAACAACACUACCUAAAUUGUAGAUAUGCCUGUAUAUAUUCUAUGUAUGCUUAUGUAUACCCUGUGCAGCUUAAAUGGACGUUCUCUUAAAGUGGCACUUACCACUGUUUAGCCUAAUAACCGUUUUUGGUUACCCAAGACUACCUAAUAAAGAGGAUUAAUACUACACAAGCAAUCAAUCACGUUGUUUAGGGUUGUGAAUUUAUGUUUUAUCAUAAUUGUGUA